GUAUACACCAUCGGUGUGUGCAGCGUGGGAGGAGUUGAGAAAACUACUUUGGUGAAGAAUAUGAAGAAUGAGCUCCUAAAACUUGAUGCAUCAAUGUCCAAACUUUCUUUUGGUGUUGUGAUAUGGGUCACCAUGCCCGGACCGCCAAUAGACAUAAGAAAGAUUCAAGCACAAAUUGCCAGUAGAUUAAGCCUGAAGGUAGAUAACGAGGAAAGAGUAGAUAGCAUUGCCGGCAAAAUUUAUCGAAGGCUCAAGGAAGAAAAGAGCUUCCUUCUCAUACUAGAUGAUGUUUGGGAAGCUAUAGAUUUGGAUGAUGUAGGUGUGCCCCUACCUGAAGGUCCCGCAAGAAGCAAGGUUAUUAUAACUUCUCGUUUUUCGGAUGUUUGUAGGCAAAUGAGAACAAACAUCGAAAUGAGAGUUACCGCAUUGAAGGAGGAUGAAUCUUGGCAACUGUUUGUCAAAAAUGCGGGAGAUGUUACCAAUCUGAAGUAUAUUCAACCAUGGGCAAAGGAAAUUUCAAGAGAGUGUGGUGGUUUACCUUUAGCCAUCGCUGUUAUGGGAUUAUCCAUGAGAGGGAAGACAAGGGUUGACCUAUGGGAAGAUGCUUUGAAAUCACUUAGCAUGUCCGAACCUCAUGACAAAGAUGUAAAAGAUACGGUUUACAGUGCCAUCAAGUGGAGUUAUGAUUCUUUAGAAUCUCGGAAUAUUCAAAGUUGUUUCUUGUAUUGCUCCUUAUAUCCAGCAGUUAUUCCAAUAGAUGAUGCCAUUCAUAGCUGGUGGGCAGAGGGAAUUCUUGGUGAACAUGACACAUAUGACGAAGCCUACAACAAGGGAAUCGAAAUGGUUGAGAGUCUAGAGGGUGUCUGUUUGGUAGAAACCCAUUGGCCGGAUUCAAUGAAGAUGCAAGACGUGGUUCGUGAUGUUGCUACGUGGAUAGCUCAUUCCUCUGGGAAUGAACACAAUUCUGUUAUUCAAGCUGGAAUUGGGUUGGCUGAGAUAACACAUAUUAAAGUAUCAAAUUCUGUCAAGAGAAUAUCUUUCGCAGGCAACGAAAUUGAAUGUCUACCUGAUUGCUUCACGAGAUGUCCAAAGACCACAUCUUUACUUUUGCAAGGCAAUGAACCCCUUAAGAAAAUACCCCAGGAAUUCUUUUUGGCAUUUCCAACUCUAAGAGUCCUGAAUCUGAGUGGAGCUGGAAUUAGAGAACUGCCUUCUUCCAUCGAUAGUUUAUGUCAACUACGUGCUCUAAUACUACAAAGUUGUCAUUGGUUGAAAGAGUUACCAACCAUUGCUAAUCUUCACAAUUUGCAAGUGCUCGAUUGUGCAUUUACAGAGUUAUGUUGUCUGCCGCAAGGAAUGGAAAAUUUAACAAAUCUGAGGCUAUUAAAUAUGUCGCGUAGCUGUCUUGGAGAGACCUCUUUUGAUGAGAUAUCAUCUCUACACAAUCUGAAUUAUCUUUUUAUUAGAGUGGAUAGCUCAUCAUGUUUGAACAGAGAUUACACCUGGAUGACUAGAUUGAAAGGAUUUCUCAUUGAAGUUGGGAAAAUUUCAAUGUAUGUACCAUACAACAAGUCAAAAAGGAUGAUAAAUGUUUACAAGUGUGAAAUUUUCAGUAACGGAGAGCUCUCAAGCAUGUUGCAGUUUGCUUCAGAUUUGUGCUUGCACGAAUGCAUGGGUCUCAGGAGGUUGAUUGCAUACAACAUUUUUAAUGGAUUAAAAUCACUAAACAUACGGAGCUGUUCUUGUUCUUUUGGACCAGUGGAAGGAGCAAGUAGACAAUCUGACCCUUUGCCAAAUCUGGAAUAUCUCGACCUCCAUUGCGUAAAUAAUUUAAAGAGUGUUUCUGAUUUCGGUCAACAUCUCGGUCUAAGAUUUUCUAAAUUACGCCAACUAGAAAUACACUUUUGUGCAAGUUUAACAUGUCUUUUUAGUGUUGGUGGAGCUUUUUCUGUACCCAAGCACUUGGAGGACAUUUCAAUCACCUUUUGUCCUCAGCUAGUAGAGUUGUUAGUGCAAUGCAGAUCAACUCAGGAAGCAUAUGUCAUGUCAGAAGUUCCAAGAAUCCAGAAGUUACAUUUGAAAAACUUACCAAAAUUAAAAACGUUAGGGGAGCCACGGAGUAUGUGGGAACACCUGGAGGAACAUGAGGUGAUCAAUUGUGGUCGAAUUGAACACCAGAAGUUGCCUCUUUCUAUUCAAGUCUCCAACAUCAAAGGAAUAAAAAGAUUAUCAGAAUGGUGGAACCAACUGACAAUUUCAGAAUCUCAUGAUAGCGAACUAUCUUCAGAGGAAAGAAGCAAACUUCUGAACAAAAGGAGUUGCUUCUUGUAUUGUGCCUUAUAUCCAGCGGGUAUUACAACAGAUAAUCUCAUAAAUUGCUGGUGGGCAGAGGGGUUCCUUGGUGAACAUGACAAAUAUGACGAAGCCUACAACAAGGGAAUCAAAAUGGUUGAGAAUCUAAAAGAUGCUUGCAUGCUUGACGCCCAUAAGAAGAAUUUUCUGAAGAUGCAUGAUGUGGUUCGUGAUUUUGCUAUAUCGAAAGCUAAUUCCUCUGGGAAUGAACACGACUCUAUUAUUCAAGCUGGAGUUGGGUUGGCCGAGAUAUCGCAUAUCAAAGUAUCAUCUUCUGUCAGGAGAAUAUCAUUCGUAAGUAAUGAAAUUGAAUGUCUACCUGAUUGCUUCAUGAAAUGCCCAGAGACAACAUCUUUGCUUUUGCAAGACAAUGAACCCCUUAAGAAAAUUCCUCAGGAAUUCUUUUUGGCGUUUCCAGCUCUAAGAGUUCUGAAUCUGAGUGGAGCUGGUAUUAGAUUGAUGCCUUCUUCCAUCAAUAGUUUACGCCAACUGCGUGCUCUAAUACUACAAAAUUGCCACAUGUUGACAGAGUUACCACCUAUUGGUAAACUUUGCAAUUUGCAAUUGCUUGAUUGUGAUAAUACAAGGUUAUGUUGUCUGCCUGAGGGAAUGGACAAGUUGACAAAUCUGAGGGUAUUAUAUCUGCCUGUUGCUGAAUUGAAGAACAUCAGUAAAGGAUUUUUCCUCAAAUUGCCUAGCAUUGAAAUGUUAGACAUGCUAGAUAGAGAAAUGACAAAUCUGAGACCAUUAAGUCUUAUUGGAGCAACUUCUUUUGAUGAGAUAUCAUCUCUACACAAUCUGACUUCUCUUUUUAUUAGAGUGGAUACCUCAUCGAUUUUCAACCAAGACCACACAUGGAUGUCUAGAUUGAAAAGAUUUCACAUUGAAGUUGGGAAUACUCCAAUGCGUGUACAACUCAACAAGUCAAGAAGGAUGUUGAGCAUCUCCAAGUGUGAAAUCUUCAGUAAUCGAGAGCUUUCGGGCAUGUUGCAGUUUGCUUCAGAUUUGUACUUGCACAAAUGCAUGGGUCUCAAGAAGUUGAUUGCGUACAACAGAUUUGAUGGAUUAAAAUCACUACGGAUAGAGAGAUGUUCUUGUAAUUUUGGACCUCCAGGAGGAAGUCGACAGUUCGAUCCUCUGCCAAAUCUGGAACAUAUCAGCCUCGUUUCUGUAGAUUAUUUGAAGAGUAUUUCUGAUUUCAGUAAACUUCUGGGUCUAAGAUUUUCUAAAUUACGUCAAUUGGAAAUACACUUUUGUGCAAGUUUAACAUGUCUUUUUACUGUUGGUAGAGUUUUUUCUGUACCCACGCAGUUGGAAGACAUUUCAAUUACCUUUUGUCCUGAGCUGGUACAGUUGUUAGUGCUACGCAGUCCAACUAAGGCAACACACGUCAACACAGAAAUUCCAAGAGUUCAGAGGUUAGUGUUGAGAAACUUGCCAAAAUUAGGAACGUUGGGGGAGCCGCAGAGUAUGUGGGAACACCUAAAGGAACAUGAAGUGAUCAAUUGUGAUGAAAUCGAACACAAGAAGUUGCCUUCCUCUAUUCAAACCACCAAUGUUAAAGUAAAAAAAGGAGUCCUAGAGUGGUUGAACCUACGGACAGUUUCAGAGAUAUAAAAAAAAGCAAAGGAAGGGACAUGCUGCACCAGAGAGACAGUGUUUCGUGCUAAAGUUAAUCGGUCGAGUUUGCUGUGACGUAGUUACUAUCAGAUGUCGUUAAGUUUUUUCUGCCAAUAAUUGUUCCUUGUUUGUAAUAUUCCUGCUUUCUAGUUCUAAUGUUUUGAUUGCUUGAUUGUACACUAAUUUCUUGUUUAGAUUGUUCAUUUUCUGUAAAAUGUUUUCCGGUGUUUGGUUGUUAAUCUGAGGUGGAUUUAUGCAUCUCAGAGUUGUUAUUCGGGCUUAUUUAGCCUUUUUUUGAGAAAUUUUUGUGUGC